AUGUAUAUCGUGCGGCAGUACGAAAGAGCAAUAGAACUGCUGUUAAACUUUGUGAGCGGAUACUCUACUGCAGAAAGGAAUUUGCUAGGCAUACGACAUAUUAGGGAUAUUUGUUUCUGGGUAUUGGCCAAAAGGCAUCUUGAAUAUCAAACCUACCUCAUUCCAAGAUUGGAAAGCACCAUAGCUCUAGACAAUAUUAAAUCAAUUUGUAAUCGCAUACUAAGUCCCAACAUAAUUUCCGAUGCUUUCAGCUCAGAGUCUGACAUAUCAUAUAUAAUCGCCAAGAUUCGCAUAGAUUUAAAUAUACGUGACUCCUUUACAAAUCUGCUCAAAGAUGCUCUAUUGCAAAUUCGCAGGUUUUAUCAUUCGGUCCAUCAGAUAUCAAUGUUAGCGUCCGUUCAAGUUGAACAGACGAAUCCUAAGCACUGCGAGAUGCUGGAAAUCGUCUGGAAGUCACUAUUGGACGCUCCUCUCCCCUGCAAAUACAGUAAAUCCAACAUCGUUGACCUAAACCCAGGAGAAAGCAGCUGGGGAUUAUUAGGCUUCCAAAAACCAUUCACAGACUUUAGAUCAACCGGAUACCUCGGACUAGUUGCUAUGCAUCAUAUGUCCACUAUUUGGACUGAGGAAACUAAAUCCCUGCUGAAUGAUACCAACGAGAGAACCAAAUGGCUCCCCUUUGCUAUAACAAGCAUUAAUGUAACUUGGUGGCUCGUUGAAUUUAUGAAAGAUAAGAGUUUGACGGAAUACGGAUGCUUGAAUGGGUUUUUCUACCGCAGCGAACUGGAUCCACUAGACAUUUUUAACACCUUACACACAUUUACCUUUUUCCAAUUCUGUUACUUUUGGUUGAAUGCUGAAACUACCUCUAUAAUGGACUUCCCAAGGAUUUCACUCAAAUUCAAACGGUCAAUAUCUCAAUUCUUCAGAGAAUUCACAGACUCGGAUGUCAAGGAUCAAAAGUAUAUUAACCAAAUCCCGCACAUGAUCAAAGUUCGAACGCUCAUGUUAUAG